ACUCAGUUCCUUCUGAUGCUCGGUACUCUUCCCGUGUAUCAAGAACUUGCAGAUUCCAUGCUGCCCGGAGUUCUCACUCUGUUUUCUGCGCUCUAGACACGUGAGUUCUUGGCACACUGGCAGCUCAAGUCUUUGCUUACUCUGCGUCACCUUGUCACCACUCGGGCUCAGAACGGAAUUGGGUCCGGUACCCAUCAGUGGGUCUCAACAGAAGCAUUGAGCCUGUGACGAAUCAAAUUUGACAGCUUCCGUGCCAAAGGAGUCCAUUGCAUACCGAUCUUCAGAAAGAGCAUAUUCGUAACUUACAAGAUGGAUGACGAUUCUUCGGUUGAAGAGACUGAGAUGUACAUUAACAAGCUGAAAGAAAGCUUGAGAUACCUGGAGGAUGUGGAUGAUUCGGACAGCAUUGAGAUUACUGCUUCAAAUUUCUCAUCCUCCACAGACGACAUGAUUGAAGCUUAUCCUCAUGACGACGAAACCUUAAAGAUUGAAAUUGUCAGAAGCGACUCCAGCCAAGAAGAUACAGUGAUGCAAUUAUUCUCUUGCCUCCGUGACCUUAACCUGACGGUCAAACAUGCUAACGUUUCGACAAAUGCAUAUGGUAUUCAUGCUACCAUUACUGUCCAGCCCUCGGAUACAUCUACGGAUCAGUACACACUUUGUUCUGAGAUUGAAGAGGCUCUUCAAAGAUACCUUCCAUGAGAGAAUUAUUCACUAAAGAUCUCAUCUUCGAUGACCAUCAGCUGUUUCAGAAAGUCUCUCAUACAACUGGCAAGAAUAAGAAUAUGCAGACAAUCUUCUUGUGAGUAGUUCGUCGGGUGAUACUUUAGUGAGGAAACGAAGAAGUCCCGGAAGAGGGUAAGUUGAAGGUUCAGGACAACGUGUCUUCCAAGAGACCUUGUCCCGAACCUCUUUAGGGAAGUCUAAUUGACGUGUAUCUUAUGUAUGACAGUUUCAACUAGCAAUCGGGUUAUUGGCAAAGAACGACUUUAACCAUGUCAAGUAAAGCUCACUAAUCAUCGCUAAACGCUCUUGAACAACAAGUUGAUGGACCGGCCGUGAUCGUUCACUCUUACCAGACUUAUCUCAAGAUCCAUUAUACCGUAUAAUCAAGCUUCGCAUAUGUCCUACACAGUUUUCAUAUGUAUUUCUUUGAUGAUCUAAGGAGGGUUUGAAUUUACAUCAGUUUGAAAUCAACUGAGGUAUGCUUAUGGGCCCCAUAAGAGAAGCUCUUUCGAAAUAAAAUACCUAUGUUUGCUACAUUGUA